AUGGUGGCCUUGGCUGCUCUGGAUGGGACAGCUUGCUUGUUAAUGCUGUCGCUGGGACGCCAUGCAGUGGGGAUGCUGGCCCCAUUGGCCGUCCAAAUGGAUGCCCUGACGCAGUAUCCGCCGGCUGCAGGGCGCAAGCUGCUGAUGGACUUUGGCGCGGGCCAAGGGUACGAGGGCCAGGAGCUCCGGUCGAGCUUGAGCUACCUGCUGGCACACUACGAGCAGAUGGGCGUGCACUUUGAUGAGGUCUGGGCCUGGGAGCCGCGGCCGGUCAACCAGUCCACCUACUGGCAAGGGGUGCCGCCAGACGUCAAGUUCCGCCUGCAUCUGUACAACACUGGGCUGGAGGGAGACACUACAAGCCCUGCCCACCCCAUCCAGUACAUCAAGCAAAACGUGCAGGCUGGCGACUUUCUGGUCAUCAAGCUGGAUGUGGACACCCAGUCGGUGGAGAUACCGUUCAUGAGGGCUGUGCAGGCCGACGCAGACCUGCGCUCCCGCAUCGGGGAGAUCCUGUUCGAGAUGCACUACAUCCAUCAGGACAUGCCCUGGUUCAUUGGCUACGGCGAUGGGAUCAGCUACAAUGAUGCGCUGAACCUGUUCCACUCUUUGCGGCACGAGGGCCUCCGAAUCCACUAUUGGCCAUAA